GUAAAGAGAUAAGUCUGAAGAUGACUUCGAUGAAAGAGAUUAUUUUUUACCUUCGUUUCACGUCGGGAGGGAGAAUGAAAGAAGUAACAGCCACUGGAUAAGUUUCAGUUUCCGUUUCCCUGGAUCAAUUUCUCUUGUCAUCUUUCUUUCUCAUCCUUCAUUAUAACUGUGAGGAUGGAGAGCAAGUUUUUGAAUGCAGCAUCCCCACGAAAUGGUGUGGGAAAAAUUGGUGAAUUCAAACGAAAUUCACGUCGAAGAAAAAAUCGUUUUAGAUGUAGAAGACAGACACCUUUCAAUAACUUAAGAAUGGAGUGUGUUGCUUGUGAGGCCCAAUUCAAUAGUUUAGUUCCUUUUCUUGCCCAUCUCAAUACGAGAAAGCACAAAACGAUGCAGUUGAUGAAAGAUGACGAUCCCUGGUGGAUGUCUUCGGUUUCUCUCAUCAAAAGGAAAAUGCUCGAUCUGGUGCAAGAAUUCGAAACUGACCAGUAUGGUGAGCACUAUUGUGAAUAUUGCGAUAAGAAGAACACGGGUGUGGUACCACUAAUGCAACAUUUUCGAUCCAGAAACCACAAAAAACACGUUCGGCAAGCCAUAGACAGAAUGGACCUCGAUGCAUAUAAGAGUCGAGUUAAGAUCUUGUUGAUGGAGUUAGAAAAGUGGACGAAUGGGGUUUAUCAAUGCAAACUCUGUCGCAUGGUAUUUAAUGAUAAAUCUCAAAUAAAAUUGCAUAAACGAAGCAAAAUGCAUUUUCGGAAUAAGGCUAAGAUAAUGUGCGCCAAGCAAAUAUUAAGUUACUUUAAUGAGCGAUAUCCACUCUUAAAUUAAAAUUGUGGAAGCGAACAGAAUUUUAUCAGAAAGAUAAUGUAGUGCCAUAUUCAUAAUCUUUGAAUCUCAUAAAUUAUUAGCUUAAGUAUUAAUGGUUUUUGACGGUGAAUAGCGGAGGUUGGAUAAAAAUAAUCUUUCGCUAUGGGGCCAUCAGGUUUAGUAAGUACUUUUUAAACUAUACAGACAUAAAUUCAGUUCUUACUUCGGCCUUAUUUAUCAGAAUUUUAAAAAAACGUGAUUAAAAAGUUAAAUAACUUGUUGCAUUUGAAAAAAUUCUGGAAAAAUUGAU